GUUAAAAGUAAACAAGCAUCGUCAUCAUAGGUAGUAAAAGAUCGGUUUUCCAACGACUACUAAGUGAAGAUAGUAUAUAUGCCUCGAGGAGGUUUUCUAUAUUCACUGAAGAUGUUUUCAACCGGGAAACGCCCAUUGGCUAUAAAGACCUACCGCUUUUGGGUACUAGCCGAAGUGGGUUGGCCCCCCUGAUCUGAUUCGACAUCAAAUCCCUGUGUGAAUCUAUGUAGAUCCUAGGGGUUUGCGGGAGGGGUGUCCCCGGAAAGGCUAAUUUAGGAGAGUGCCAUUAGGGGCGGAGGAGGAAGAAGAGGAAGAGGAGGGCAUCGCAACGUCCUGGCGUGAUAAGAAUCGUGUUAAGAUUUUUGGAAUGGGCGGCUACAGAUAGACAAUGUCGAUCGCUGAGCUUAAACAGAUGUGAAUAUAAAGCUGUCGAGAUCUCUCCAUCAUGUCGGUCUUUACCUCAACCAGACCAUUCGUUCUCUGCCAUCCACCUUCACUCUUACAAAGUCUCGAGGCACCAUGGUUAAUAUGUACACGAUCGCCGCCUUGGCGGUUUCCUCCUUCAUCGGAUCCGCAGUUGCACACCCUGGCGACAGCGCGGAGGUGAAGGCGCACGAAAGAUCUUUGCACAACUAUGCCCAGGCUGAGGCUCGUCGUGCCAUCGCCGCUUGCGCCGUGAGCACUAACGCCGCCGCUCUGAAGGCUCGUUCGGUUGCUCGCCGUGCUGCUACUGCCGAGAGACUUCGUGAGAAACGUGGCCUCUCUGAUAAGCGCAUGAAGUCUAAGAGAGACCAGGCAGAUCUUGAGAAAUACUUGGAUAUCUCCCACGACAAUUCGGAGUUGGGCUACACCUUGGAUACCCCUCUAGAUGUCAUCUUCGACUCUAACGCGACCGCUGCUCUCGUUCCCGAGGUCACCAUCGGACCGUACUGGGUUGCCGGCGAGUUGAUCAGGACUGACUUGACCGAUAGCCAGGCUGGAGUUCCCCUCCACCUUGACUUGCAGUUCAUAGAUGUCAACACCUGCGAAGCGAUCCCCAACAUGCUGAUCGACAUCUGGCACUGCAACGCCACGGGCGUCUACUCGGGCAUCUCCUCGAUGGGCCAGGGCGGUCUCAACACGAUCCACGGGCGCGGUAUCCAGCCAACCGACGAAGACGGCGUGACGCAGUUCGACACGGUGUUCCCGGGGCACUACACGGGACGGACGCCGCACAUCCACCUGAUGAGCACGGAGAACGCGACGGUGCUGCCGAACAACACGUACCUGACGGACGGCAAGCCGAACCACAUCGGGCAGCUCUUCUUCGACCAGAGCCUGAUCAACGCGGUCGAGCUGCUCGAGCCCUACAGCACCAACACCCAGCCCCUCACCCUCAACGAGGACGACGGCAUCGACGCCCAGACCUCCACCCCCGAGUACGACCCCUUCGCCGACUACGUCCUCCUCGGCGACUCCCUCCAGGACGGCCUCCUCGCCUACCUCACCGUCUUCGUCGACACCACCGCCAACCAGACCGCGUACGCGCAUGCUGCUGCUCACUACUAUGAGGGAGGCGGUGUUGCUAACCCUGGUGGCCCAGGCGGUCCCGGAGGCCCAGGUGGUCCGGGUGGGCCCAACGGCACUUUCCCGCCGUUCCCUCCCCCUAGCGGUACCCCGGCUCCAUAAGCGCUUUUCUAGCUAGCGGAUUGGUGGAGGUGUGUCUAGAGACGAUUGGUGUUAGAGUGUAGAGGUUGUGUGCAGACUAGGUAUUAUAUAUCUCUAUUGCUGCUAUAGUCCAAAUCAUAAUGAAAGGCAAUACGCUAC